GAUCCCUCAACGUACUGCGAGAGCCCGGUGUACAGCCCGGACCUGUGCCCCAACAUGAUCGCCGCGCAGGCCAAGCUGGUCUACCAGCUCAACAAAUACUACACGGAGCGGUGCCAGGCCCGCAAGGCGGCCAUCGCCAAGACCAUCCGGGAGGUGUGCAAGGUCGUGUCGGACGUGUUGAAGGAGGUGGAAGUGCAGGAGCCGCGCUUCAUCAGCUCUCUGAGCGAGAUUGACGCCCGCUACGAGGGGCUAGAGGUGAUCUCGCCCACCGAGUUCGAGGUGGUGCUCUACCUCAACCAGAUGGGCGUCUUCAACUUCGUGGACGACGGCUCCCUGCCGGGCUGCGCCGUGCUGAAGCUGAGCGACGGUCGCAAGCGCAGCAUGUCCCUCUGGGUGGAGUUCAUCACCGCCUCGGGCUACCUGUCCGCCCGCAAGAUCCGCUCCCGCUUCCAGACACUGGUGGCCCAGGCCGUGGACAAGUGCAGCUACCGGGACGUGGUGAAGAUGAUCGCGGACACCAGCGAGGUGAAGCUCCGCAUCCGGGAGCGGUACGUGGUGCAGAUCACGCCCGCCUUCAAGUGCACCGGGAUCUGGCCGCGAAGCGCGGCGCAGUGGCCCAUGCCGCACAUCCCCUGGCCCGGCCCCAACCGGGUGGCGGAGGUGAAGGCAGAGGGCUUCAACCUGCUCUCCAAGGAGUGCUACUCGCUGACGGGCAAGCAGAGUUCGGCCGAGAGCGAUGCCUGGGUGCUGCAGUUCGGCGAAGCCGAGAACCGGCUGCUCAUGGGCGGCUGCCGGAACAAGUGCCUCUCGGUGCUGAAGACCCUGCGCGACCGGCAUUUGGAGCUCCCGGGGCAGCCCCUCAAUAACUACCACAUGAAGACGCUGCUGCUGUACGAGUGCGAGAAGCACCCGCGGGAGACCGACUGGGACGAGGCGUGCCUGGGCGACCGGCUCAAUGGCAUCCUCCUGCAGCUCAUCUCCUGCCUGCAGUGCCGGCGCUGCCCCCACUACUUCCUGCCCAACCUAGACCUCUUUCAGGGCAAACCCCACUCGGCCCUGGAAAGCGCUGCCAAACAGACCUGGAGGCUAGCCAGAGAAAUCCUCACCAAUCCCAAAAGCCUCGACAAGCUAUAG